GUAAGAGAUAACAAAAACCUAAACACUCACCUUUCACCUUCUGCACUGUGCGAAUACGGUGAUGCUUCAUGCAAAAAUUGCUUCACUGAACACAUGCACGGAGGUGCCAGGGAGGAACACUUGCGAAGCUAAAGCAACUGCGAGCUGAGGAAGAUGAAGAGAUGACACACAACUACACGAGAAGAAAGUGAUUUUUGGUGUGUCGGUUGGAAAUUGUGUCCAAAUCAAGCUUCGAACUUUUCAUAGUUUCAAAGUUUUGUGUGAUCUUUCUGCCUGUGAACAACAACAGCAACAAUGCAAGCAUUACUUGCAUGCUUUCCACAUCCUCAUGGAAACCCACUUUUCAAAUUCAAUUCACAAUCACAAAGACUAAAUUCUCUGCCCACUUUGUUUUCCACUUCCAAGUUCUUCCCACCCCAACCUCAAAUUUUUCUUCACCCUUCCAGUUUUGUUCUUAACACACCAAAAUCACCCACAAUACGAGCCCCAAAACAUGGUCAAGUUCGUUGUGGCAUUUCGUCGAACGGGAACAGUUCAAACGAGAAAAAAGGUGUUAAGGAGUGGUUUGAGGUAUGUGGUGAGGCACUUUCAAAUGCGUUUCCUUUGUGGGUGACUCUUGGGUGCGUGUUGGGGUUGGUGAGACCCAAUUGCUUCAGUUGGGUCACUCCAAGAUUGAACAUUGUGGGACUCACCAUAAUUAUGGUUGGUAUGGGUAUGACACUCACACUUGAUGAUCUUCGUGGUGCUCUUUCUAUGAACAAAGAAGUACUGUCUGGUUUUGUGCUUCAAUACUCGGUGAUGCCAUUAUCGGGAUUCUUUGUAAGCAAACUCUUAAACCUUCCAUCACAUUAUGCAGCAGGUUUAAUAUUAGUUGCCUGCUGUCCUGGUGGCACGGCGAGUAACCUUGUUACUUAUCUUGCACGUGGAAAUGUUGCACUUUCGGUGAUAAUGACGGCUGCAAGCACUCUAACAGCUGUGGUCAUGACUCCUUUAUUGACAGCUAAACUUGCUGGCAAGUAUGUAGCUGUGGAUGGAUCUGGUUUAUUGAUUUCAACAUUGCAAGUUGUGCUGCUUCCUGUAUUGGCCGGCGCAUUGCUGAACCAAUAUUUCCAACCUCUUGUUAAAUUAGUCUCUCGGCUGAUGCCGCCCAUGGCAGUAGCAACUGUGGCAAUCUUAUGUGGAAAUGCAAUCGCGCAAAGUUCUUCGGCAAUCCUUAUGUCUGGUGGACAAGUAAUUUUAGCAUCCUCCCUUCUUCACGCUUCCGGAUUUUUCUUCGGAUAUAUACUUGCAAGAAUGCUUGGGCUAGAUGUAACAACAUCGCGAACCAUAUCUAUUGAGGUUGGCAUGCAGAACUCUGUUCUUGGAAUUGUUCUGGCUACUCAGCACUUUGGGGAUCCCUUAACUGUGGUACCCUGCGCCAUUUCGAGUGUGUGUCACAAUAUCUUUGGUAGCAUUCUUGCCGGAGUUUGGCGACACUCUGCGCCCACCGAGAAAAAGGAUUGAAACUUGUAGAAAGUCCUUUGCAUGUAAUUAUGAUUGUCAAAUGGUUUAGUUUGUUAAUGUUUCAACCCAAGCAACAAUGUACAACCUUAAAUCUUCUUCAAUGACUCAUGAAUCAAAAUAAAUUUGGCAUUUAUGUAUCGUAAA